ACGCGGAGCGGAGCGCGAGGCGACGGGGGUAUAGGGUUCGAGCGGACGUGUCACGCGGUGAAGGGCACAGUAACAGCGGGUUUUAUUAAAAAGCAUGUGCUGCUAACUGAGGCAGCAGGGAAUAGCGAGCCACUGCGAUGUUACCAGCCGCACUGCGGAAGUGUCGAGCCGGUCCGCUCCGGUGUCUGUCGGGACUGGCGUGUCGCGACAGCGGCGGCCCGGUGCCCGGGGACAGGGAGGAGGUGCCCGGACUGCAGGCGGAGGAGGCUUCGCUUUAUGUGCAUUGGCCGUACUGUCUGAGGCGCUGCUCCUACUGCAACUUCAACAAGUACAUCUCCCGCUCUGUCAAUCAUGUGUCCAUGGCCACGUGCCUGCAGCAGGAAACGGAGACGCUGCUGCGACUGAGCCAGGUGUCACGCAUCACCUCUGUGUUCUUUGGGGGUGGAACCCCCAGCCUGGCUCCUCCCUCCACCGUUGCUGCUGUUCUGGAGACUGUUGCUAGGCACACUGGUCUCCAGGACGACGCAGAGGUCACACUGGAGGUCAACCCCACCCCUGUGGGAGUGGCCAAACUAGCAGAGUUUCACCAAGCUGGAGUUAACCGCUUCUCCAUUGGGGUGCAGUCUCUGCGUGAUGAGGACUUGAGUAUAUUAGGGAGGGACCACAAUUCCCAGCAUGCCUUGCGCACACUGGAGGAGGCACAGCAUCUGUGCCCGGGACGUGUGUCCGUUGAUGUCAUCUUUGGGCGCCCGGGACAAAGCGUGGAAUCCUGGGAGCGGGAGCUGGAGGAGCUCCUAUUGGUCUGCGAUGAUCACGUGUCUCUGUAUCAGCUCACCCUGGAGAGAGGCACCCACCUGUUCAAGCAGGUGCAGUCAGGCCAACUGAGCGUGCCCAGUGAAGACAUCACAGCUCAUAUGUAUGAGUCAGCCCGGGGGAUUCUGGGAAAGCGAGGCUUUCUUCAGUACGAGGUGUCAAACUUCGCGAGACAUGGUGCGGUCAGCUCACACAACCUGGGCUACUGGAAGGCGGGGCAGUACCUCGGUGUUGGCCCAGGAGCACAUGGUCGCUUCGUCCCGCGGGGGGAGGGGGGUGUGUGGAGGGAGGCUCGUACUCAGACCCUGGAGCCAGACGUGUGGAUGAGGGAGGUGCAACGCUGGGGUCACGGGACCCGCCGACGUGUGGAGCUGAGCCCUGCGGCACUGCUGGAGGAGGUGUUGGUGAUGGGACUGCGUUUGACAGAGGGGAUCUCUCACCAGCACUGGAGGAGGUUCAGUCCUGGGCUGGAUCUUGAGCAGCUGCUGGGGUCUGCAGAGCUGCAGGAGCUGCAGGAGAGAGGGCUGCUCAUCUUAGACACCAGGGGUCUGCGCUGUUCCUGGGAGGGGCUGGCUGUUCUUGACAGUCUGCUGCCCCCUCUGCUCCUGGAGCUUCAGACUCACACUCAUGCCCGGAGUGAGCCAGGAGAGCUCACCACAGGGUCACAGUGAAGGGGCAGGUCAUGUGAGCUCACCACGGGGUCACAGUGAAGGGGCAGGUCAUUUGAGCUCACCACAGGGUCACAGUGAAGGGGCAGGUCAUGGGAGCUCACCACAGGGUCAUAGUGAAGGGGCAGGUCAUAGGAGCUCAGUGAGCCAGUGCACCCAGGGGCCGUGGCAGACUGCGGGACAGUAGCACGGCCACGUUGCGUCCCAGUACACUGAGUGUAUGUGUGUGGCAGGACGAUACCCGUCUGCUCCUGUCGUCUCUCUCUCUCUGUCUCUCCGCUCCACCAUCACGCCGCUCACUCCAGAAGGGGAGCUAGGAAAGCACACGUCUGUCACCAGGCUGCUACACUCACAGUCUCAGAGGUUGCCAUGGCAGCACAAUGCCCUGUCUCCAUGCCCACCGUGGCCUAGGCCCUGGGCUCUCCCUGCCCAUCAGCGAUGCUGUUGAACUCCGGACCACAUUGCCUGCAGGACUGCGUUCAGGGGAGGGUCUCCUGUCAUUGGCUGGACAGUGUUUUGCCUGUGAAAAACAGCAGGAGCAGGAGAGGAGGGUGUACAGCAGCCCUCUCCCACAUCUGGCCUGACCUUUAAAAGCCUGCGUGUCAGCAGUCUGGAGGGAAAUACUGUGAGCCAGGCUCUCCGA